UUUGGGGCGGGCCAUUUGUGUUGACUUGUCAUACUGACUGACGUUCAUCAAAAGUCUGAGAUGGAGGGAAGAGUAUCAAAUGUAGAAAUCUGUAAUCUGGCUUAUACUGGGAAGUUUGACGAACUGAAGAAAUGCGUGUUGUCUGACAGAUCACAAGCGACGAGGACAGAUCAGGACAGCAGGACUGCUCUGCACUGGGCUUGUUCAGCUGGACAUGUGGAUAUCGUGCAGUUUCUGUUGGAUCUUGGAGUUGAAGUGGAUCUCAAAGAUGAUGCGUGUUGGACUCCUCUUCAUAUAGCAGCAUCUGCUGGGAGAGAAGAAAUUGUCAGAUCCUUAAUAUCCAAAGGAGCUCAGCUGAACGCUGUGAACCAGAAUGGCUGCACCCCACUGCACUACGCAGCAUCCAAAAACCGAUAUGAGAUAGCCCAGAUUUUGCUGGAAAACGGUGCAGAUCCUAAUGCAACAGAUAAACUGGAAUCCACACCUCUACACAGAGCAUCUGCCAAGGGCAACCAUCAACUCAUUCAGCUUCUUUUGAAGGAGAGCGCUUCAACCAACAUUCAGGACUCGGAGGGAAACACUCCACUUCAUCUUGCAUGUGACGAGGAGCGAACAGAGGCUGCAAAACUCCUUGUGGAACAUGGUGCCAGCAUCUACAUUGAGAACAAGGAAAAGAUGACGCCUCUUCAAGUGUCUAAAGGUGGCCUGGGAUCUGUGUUGAAACGGAUCGUAGAGGGUUGAUGGACCCCGAGAAGAGCUGUUGAUCACGCUGCUGUUCAAGUAUGAUUUAUACUUGUUUAUGAGAGUAUUUGAAAGAAACACCAUACAGGAACUGCCUUGUGGUGGAAGGUUUUCCAGAUGUUUGCUGAGAAGAUCAUCAUUCACUUUUGGCUUCAUGAUUUAUUUGUCAUGCAUUUUAUGGAGUACAUUAGUUUUAGAUUGACAGGUAACAUUCUGAUCAUUAUUGCUUCAUCAAUGGAUGCUUUAUUUCUGUUAAACCUAAAACUGAUUUUGUUAUUGGUUAAUCCCUUAAAAUGUAAUUUCUAGGUUUGCAUCUCUGUGCAAAAAUCACAACAUGUAUUCUUGAUGCUCAUUUUUAAAUAAUGAAAAUAAAUUGUAAUUGAAUACAA